GGCCUACGGAGGCAGUUUGGACGUAUCAUAGCAGGACAAGCAGCUGCAUCUGAGUAGGGUCUUGGAUGUUAGUUGCAGGGCAAGUGCAGAAGGCCUUCUACAAUGUUUGGGGCCCGGUGUCUGUUCCUGGCUCUUCGCCGUUGUUCCUCUGCUCCUUGUCCUAAACAUACACAGGCUGCAAGGCUGAGGGUCCGGGAGGCGCUAGAAGCCCAGGAGGUGGCUGAUGAUAUUAAAGUCCAGGGCUGGGUUCGUUCUGUCCGGUCCCAGAAAGAGGUUUUGUUCCUGCAUAUAAAUGAUGGCAGUUCUUUAGAAAGCCUCCAAGUUGUAGCUGACCCAACCUUGGAAAACAGAGAUUUGGCUUUUGGAAGCGCAGUAGAAGUACAAGGGAAAUUGGUAAAAAGUCUUCAUAGGAUGCAAAAUGUGGAAUUGAAAGCUGAAAAUAUCCGUGUGUUGGGCCCCUGUGAUACUUUGGUGUUCCCUUUUAAACCCCGAGAGAGGCCCCCGUUGGAGUACAGCCGUCAGUUCCCUCAUUUACGAUGCAGGACCAAUGUGCUGAGUUCCCUCUUGAGGGUACGCAGCGAAGCUACUGCAGCCAUCCAUUCAUUUUUCAAGGAUCAUGGCUACGUGCACAUUCAUACCCCUAUAAUUACGUCAAAUGACUGUGAAGGUGCGGGGGAGCUCUUUCAUGUCAAGACAUCAAAUGAAGCACCGGAACCUGGGAAAGACUCUCAUUUCUUCAAUGUUCCUGCCUUCCUGACGGUCUCAGGACAGCUCCACCUGGAAGUAAUGGCUGGUGCAUUUACCCAUGUGUUCACCUUUGGCCCAACCUUCCGAGCUGAGAACUCUCAAAGUCGCAGGCAUCUGGCAGAGUUCUACAUGGUAGAAGCAGAGAUAUCUUUUACUGAAAGCCUUCAGGACAUCAUUCAAGUUAUAGAAGAUCUUUUCAAGACAGCAACAAGCAUUGUGCUUUCCAAAUGUCCUCAAGAGGUCGAGCUUUUUCAUAAAUAUGUAUCUCCUGCCCAAAAGGGCAGGUUAGAACAGAUGCUGAAGAACAAAUUCAGAAUAAUUUCCUAUACUGAAGCAGUGGAAAUUUUAAAGCAAGCACCACAGACAUUCACUUACCAGCCAAAGUGGGGCGGGGAUCUUCAAACUGAGCAUGAGAAGUACCUGGUGAAGCACUGCGGCGAGGUUCCUGUGUUUGUGAUAAACUACCCAUACGAACUCAAACCUUUCUAUAUGCGGGAUAAUGAGGAUGGACCUCAACACACAGUUGCGGCUGUUGACCUUCUGGUACCAGGAAUUGGGGAGCUAUGUGGUGGCAGCCUGAGGGAGGAGCGACUGGAUUUUCUACAGUCACGCUUAGAGAGAUUAGGACUUGCAGAUACCUACCAAUGGUAUCUUGAUCUCCGACAAUUUGGAUCUGUCCCUCAUGGAGGCUUUGGAUUGGGAUUUGAGCGCUACUUGCAGUGCAUCUUGGGAGUGGACAAUAUCAAAGAUGUUAUUCCUUUCCCAAGGUUUCCUCACUCCUGUCUUUUGUAGCUCCAUAGCUGACUCACAUGGACUGAUCUGCGCUGGAGGAGUUAUAUGUAUAAUGUGUCUGCAGAAGACUAUUUGCAGUGAUAUUGGGGAAAGACAGAGGAUUUUUACAGCAAAUAAUCUUGUGGUAAAUUUAAUGGAGGGAGUUGAGGAGAGAUGCUCCUCUUGGGAGAUUUUGGACCCUGCCAUUUCUUAGUAUAAAUUAUGUAGCACAUCAAAUCUUCAAAGCACUUCAGCUGCAUUAAUGAAUCUUACUUAACUAACCGGUUAAAAUCCUCACAGGAGGAACAGAAGUCAAGACUUUAAUGAGUAGGCAUUGUUGGGAGCUGGUAUUUUUUAAUGCAAGAUGUUAAUGAGAGGGUGUGGCCCAAGCCAGGAUUGCUACGAGACUUAAUUACAUGUCUGCACGGUGCUUUGAAGAUGGAUUGCUAUAGAACUGCGAGGUGUUAUCAUUACUGUAACACCUUUGUUUUUAAGAAAUGGCUAUUGCAAAGAAAGAUUCUCCCCUACCCUGAAUUCAAAACACCUGUGAGUUUGGGAAGCAAAUCCUAAUCAUCUUAACCUGGCAAGGAAAAAUGUCUCAUAUAUUGUAACUGUGGGGGUGAAGGAGUUGAUGGCAGUUGAUUUUGUAAGUCAGUAAACAUACAGUUUUUUUUCCUGG